AUGCCGUCUUCCUCGCCCAUGUCGAGCCUGACACCCGUCCCGCCAGACUCGCAUCAUGAUACUCAAGGCUGGCCCUACAGAGACACGCAAGAAAUUCCAAGUCAACUCAACCAGCAUCUACACGCCUACUACGAAGAAGACUUGAAUGCUCAAGCCUUCGACUUCCUCCACUCCAUCGUAUCGAAUAGCGUUUCGCCUCACAAUCCAGCAGCCAAGGUUUUCAUCCCGCCAUCGCCACAGAUCGCUCUAGCAGCCACGCUCGCAGUACAUCCGAACACCACAACGCGCUCCGAGGACCGAUCACGGCAUGCGCAAAACAUCUCGGCUUUCAAACUUCUUCGUCUCCUAAUCAAUGUCACAGGACCAUACACGCCCUUUCAAAAGGCGUUCCGAUUCCGCAAGUAUCAGGACUUCUUCCAUACCACCAAAGAAGUGAGCGAAGAGACGUAUGUGGACACCAGACACCAGUACGCCGGCACCAACAAUCUGUUCAAUCGCGCGGACGACUUCUGGGCGCUCAUUGGUUGGGCAUUCAACUGUGCUUGCCUCCCAGACAUGUACGCGGAGCGAUGGAAGUACUACGAGCCGCUGCUGGACCUCCUAAUUCAAAUCCUGGAGAUCGACUACGUCUACUGCCACGCCAAAGAAGCAUGGGAAGACUCCUUACUCUGGUCGUACGUUGAGCUCGCCAGCGGUGGCUAUGGCAAAAGUCGCCGAAUAUUCCGCGCAAUCUUCGCCUCGGGCACGACACGCGACCUGAACGAGUUCCGCGAGAUCUUCAACAAGGAGCUGAAACGACCCAAGGUCAAAGAAGAGAUCGCAGACCGAAAGAUCGACCUUGACAACGACGAAUUUGCCGACUACGACUCCUCCUCGGACGAGUUCUCCGAAACAGAAGACACUCGCCCCAAUAAACGCGCCCGACGUACUCGUUCCGCCCGCAGCAGCACCGUGUCGCUACACAGCGCCUACGAAGCCGACGCCUCGAGCACAGCCGCCACACUUGGCUCUCCCACCGCCCUUCGCCUGCGAACCCGCCUUCUCCGCCUACUCGCCGCACUCGCCACACAACCUUCUUUAAUCGCACACUCCUCGAGCGCCUUCGUCGCUGAAGACGAGCUCUACACCUUAUUCGUCGAGUUCAUAAGCCCCCUGCCCCUCCCCAUCUUCCAACAAAUUAUCCUGCCCGACACUCACACAAGCGCCCCCUUCGACAGACAGACCCACAUCGCCAUGUGCGAAGCGAUCCUAGCCCGCAUGCUCGAGAGUCAAGCUCCGAAGAACGACAACGCAGACGGCUCGCUUGACGCCUCGAGGCUGGUGCAGUGCUACCUCCCGUAUGCGGCUAGCUCGACGGACUUCGAGUCGCAGGCGCGGGUUGCGCUUUGUGUGGAGGCGCUUGCGAGACUGCUGGAUCGGAGUGGUGCUCUAGUGGAUCCGGAGCAGAAUGGAGGCGUCGAUGCACAGAUCGUGGGAUGGGCGGUAGAGGAAGGUGUGAGGAGGAGGUUGGAGGUUGCGUUGAGGUCGGUGGAUGGGCGGAAGGCUGGCAAGAAGGGAUCGAAUACCAAGAAGGAUGAGGACAGGGUUGUGUUGAGGGAGAGUAGUGAGCGGUUGCGAGUGUUGGUGCAGACUGAUGUGCGUCAUUGA